AUGGUCCGGAUACACACCCUCAACAUCGAGCCUGCGAUCGUCAAUUCGUCAUGUGCCUGGGCCUCCGACUAUGAGCAGCUACGGGAAUUGUACGACUCGCCAUACACUGGCGCCGUUAUCACAAGGACUACCACCUUCAACGGCUUCAGCGAAGACGAGUCCAACACCGUUGCGUUUGUCAAAAAUCACACGUCGACCGUGAACUCGUACGGCUACUCGCCACAUCCUCUCUCCAGUUAUCUCGACUGGGUUUUCACUCUCCUCACCACCCCCAUGCUCGACGGCAGCCCACCAACCAAGCCUGUGAUCAUCAGCAUCACAGCAUCUACCCCCACAGUGCUAGCCGAGAUGCUCAACACAUCGUGCCCGAACAUCAAGGAGGCACCCCCGCCCGCGUACACGUUCCCCUUCCUGCUCCCCCACCUCGACGCGCUCUCCUCCGCCUUCUACGCCGACCCCACGCUCACGAUCGGGCUCAAGCUGCCCCCCUACCUGUACCAGACCCGUUUCCAUGAGGUCAUUCGGCACAUCCACAGCUACACCCGCGACAUCCGCCCGCUCAGGAGCACCCCCCCUCCCGCCCCGGCAUCGCCCUCGCCCGCGCCCUCCGCCUCCCCGUUCGCGCUCCCGCCCGCGCUCGGCGGCCUCGGCGGCGACGCGCUGCACCCGCUCGCGCUGGGAACCGCGGCCGCCGCGGCGCGGAUGCGGGCGCGGGCGCGAGCGUCGUCGGCUGCGCGACGUUGCUCGGCGCGAGGGCUGUGUAUACUAGUGUAA